AUGCACCAACCGCCGCCCAACUCAGCCACAGCCCCCAACGCGCCGCCGCAAAUCAGCGUGAACGGAAAUCAACUGCAAGUGGUAGAGAACUUCCCGUAUCUGGGCAGUACCCUCUCCACCGACGCCACCGACCUUACCACCCCUCACUCCCCCGCUUCCUCCUCCACCUCCUCCUUCACUGCCACAACGACGGCAACUCCGGCGUCUGUCGCCCACGGCCUCACCACAGCCGAACCUGGCACAACAACCGGCACAACCCCUGCAACCACCAUCAUCCGACGUGAGGGCCAGGACUACAUCUGCCCUCACUGCGAUCGCACCUUCACUUCACGCAUCGGCCUGGUCGGUCACUUGCGAAUCCAUCGCACAGAGACUGGCGAACCAGUGCCUGGAGCACCAACCUACACUCACCGCACUCGCCUCCACUGCCCACACUGCCCUCGCACCUUCAGGCAUCGCAUGGGUCUAUUCGGCCACAUGCGCACCCACGAGAGCGGAAUUGACCACAAUUCCGAUACAGCCACGACAUCCAACACAUCCACCACGCCCAGACCAAUCCUCGCUCCACCGUCACACGCGUCGACCACCACCGCCACCAACACCACUGCUUCCUCUACAGCUGACACCGACACCGCCAACCUCUCAUGCCCACAUUGUCCACGCAUCUUCACCUCACGCAUCGGCCUGGUGGGUCACUUGCGAAUCCAUCGCACAGAGACUGGCGAACCAGUGCCUGGAGCACCAACCCACACCCACCGCACUCGCCUCCACUGCCCACACUGCCCUCGCACCUUCACGCAUCGCAUGGGUCUAUUCGGCCACAUGCGCAUCCACGACGACCUGCGGUAG